AUGUUCCGCCCAAGCGCUCAUUGGCGCUCGCUGCCGCCGGCAUCGUUCCUCGAAGGCGUGGCGCUGUCGAAUGGAGCUCAAGCGAUCGGAAUGUCCCAUGCUCGCGCACGCGUCGGCGUAUCACUAAGACAGACGGACUCCGUGAAGGCGGCUACAAAUCUACCAUACACCAUCAGGAAGCCCGAAAUAGCAAUGGGAUCCUCCGCCCGUCCAAAGUUCAAGGUCAAAUAA